AUGUCUGGAGUGAUUGGUAUAGAUUUGGGCACUGCUGAUGCUAUUGUUGCAUCUGUUGGUAAGGGAGUAGUAGAUAUUGUACGUAAUGAGGUAUCUGAGAGGAAGACACCAUGUGUCGUUGGUUUUACUGAUAAGAACAGAUUAAUUGGUGAAGCGGCAAUGACGUCUAUUAAAUCUAAUUAUAAGAAUACUUGUCGUAACCCUAAACAAUUAUUAGGGAGGACAUCAAUAGAUCAAGAUGAGGAACUCAUUAAGGAGAAGUUCUUCCAGGUACUGUUGGAUAUCGUGUAUCAUAUCUAG